CUUCAGUCCCAGAUGGGAUGUCCAUAAACUAGCUUACCAUCUGACAGUAAUGUUAGCAACUCUAAUAGUCUAAUCUGCUGCACUUGUAAUUCAUUAGACGAGCUGCCGCUGCUGUCGAAAUAAGCUAUUAUUAGAGCUCGCGCUCCUACUCCGUCCUCCUUGACAAGCCUACUUGGAUAGUCGCAAUCCUUAGCAUCUAUUGCGCUAUUCUUUACCCUAGGAAUCUAGCAUAGCUUCUAGCUUUUGCAUACUGAGAAGUACAUAGGAACGUGCCACUACCCCAAGGUAUCCUACCUAUUCAUCAUCCAUAACCCUCGAGCGCAAUGGCCUCAAUAAUCCAUCUCGUCCGCCACGCCGAAUCCGAACACAACGUCUCCAAGGACUUCUCCCAACCCGACCCACCCCUAACCCCCCUCGGCCACGCCCAAGCCAGCCAACUCAUCACCUCCUUCCCCCACCCCGAGCGCAUCGCACUGAUCCUCACUUCCCCGCUCCGCCGCGCCAUCCAGACCUCUCUUGCAGCCUUCCCUCACGUGCUCGACAAGCGCUACUACACCGAGUCUUCCGGUCUCGGCGUCGAAAACGGCGUCGAGCUCGUUCUGGAUGCCGACUUGCAGGAACGCAGCGCGUUGCCUUGCGAUACCGGUUCGGAGAGCCAUGUGUUGAAGGAAGAGUUCUUGAACUUGGAUUUGCAAGGUUUGAGGGAGGGGUGGCGGGUGAAGGCAGGGCUGUAUGCGGCUGAUGAUGACGCGGUUGGACUGAGGGCGGGGAGGGUAAGGAAGAAAUUGGGGGAACUGAGUGAGGGCUUGCGGGGGGAGGAGAGGAGGGAUGUUGUUGUUGUUACGCAUGGUGUGUUUAUGAAGUUUUUGUCGGGUGAUGGCGAUAUAGACCUACCCAAAGCUGGAUGGAGGUCUUACACGAUCGGUAAGGAUGGGGGAGAUGGGACGGUACUUGCACCGGUUAAGGAAAGUGAGGAUCACAGUCAUUGAGACAGAUGUACUUCUGGACUCUUAGCAACUGGUUUGAUUUCCCUAGGUUUAUAGGAAUACAUUUUUUUGAUCU